AUGGCUGGACGGCUCAUCCGGUUUGAGAUCAUCAAGGCUGCCCUUGCUGAAGCUUCUCUGCAAAAGUCUGCACCGUCCAGCCAGGCUCUCUGGGAUGCGACUGGAGGAGUUUCCGCACCAGCUGUUGUGCCAGAUGAGAUAGCCGCCCCUGCUGAGCCGCAAGAGGAGCCAAUGCAAGAGGACAGCGGCUCCUCACAAUCUGGGUCAAAAAUCUCUGGAUGGGACUCCGACUCCCAGGUGUCUAAGUGGGGUCCCGAACCACAGGGUUCUCAGCCUAACCCCUCCCUGUCUAUGAAAAGUGAGGACAGCUGGAUAGCUGUCUGUCAGCAAGCCUUGGCCCAUGCCGCUUGCGUUUCUGCUACUGGCGAUGAUGGAGAAU